CCGGUGUGUGAUUUCAAGCGGAGAGGGAAAGCAGUAUAGCCAGCCGCUGACAUGGUUUGAGACGCUGUCGUAAAGAGACUGUUAACGCUAGUAAAUUGUUUUUUUCUUGUUUGGUUUGUCUCCCGUUCGUUAAAAACAAACAAAACAAAAAGCGUUGUCGCGUUGUUCGAGCUUCUUCCCGUUUCCUUGAAGGAAAUGCUAGCGAAGUCAGUGUUAUUGAUAAUUCGUGUUACACUCGCAAGCAGGAGCAGUUCUGGUCAUUCUUGUUUACCUUCACAAGAGGUAAUAUCUGUAUAUUAUUAAAAACAGAAACUGUAAUUACGAAAAAAAAAACAAAAAAAAAACAGUGCAGUUCCAAUACGUGCUUCCUUCCUUACGACUAGUUCACUACAGAUGGGAAAUAGAAAGAUACAGGCCUUCUCUGGAGUAUUACAUUUAAAUGUGUUUGUACUUCUGUUUAACGCGAUUGUGAAAAGUUACAUGUAGAUAGAUCGGAUGGUGUACUACCAAUGGAGCUCCCCGUUAACCAACUGUAACAUUAUACAUUCUAAGUAGCGAUCAUUUGUAGGUAGCUAUACUAAUAUAUAUAUAUGUAUUGCAUAUCGGGGUGAAGUUAUUUGCCCUUGUCUGUGUUGCGCCGGUAGGCGAAGAGUAUUUUCGUGCUUUGAGGUGUCCCGUCAGUGCCAGGCGGUGUAACGCUGUGGCGAUACAAAUACAGCCUCAUUGUAAAUACUGUGCACGGCUCUGCCUCGUUACUUACAUCUAUCCGAGCAAAGAUCCAGACAGACCUGAAUCAACGACAUGACCUCACUGCACAACCCAGACACGCUGAACCUGAGGCUGAUCCUGGUGAGCGGGAAGACGGAGGAGUUCACCUUCUCCCCCAGCGACUCCGCGGCUGACAUCGCCAAACAUGUUUACGAGAACUGGCCAAUGGACUGGGAGGACGAGCAGGUGAGCAGCCCAUUCAUCCUGCGUCUCAUCUACCAGGGCCGGUUCCUGCAUGGCAACGUCACGCUGGGAGCUCUGAAGCUUCCUCCCGGGAGGACCACAGUGAUGCACCUGGUGGCCCGCGAGACGCUGCCCGAGCCAAACUCCCACGGUCAGAGAAACCGCGAGAAGACUACAGAGAGCAGCUGCUGCCUGCUUUUGUAAACCCCUACCUUUCUCUUCCCUCUAUCCUCCACUUUCCACAGACAGACCUUCCUUCUCGAACCUUUCUCCAUCCCAAGCACUCGGAAAGCAAGAAAGACUUGUCGCUGCAAAACCAACCUCUUCAAAACGAGUGACCGUCUGUGACACAAACGAGAACUUAAAAUCCCCGUUACCUAAAAAUUGAUUAACUUGAACAUAUAUCCAGUUUUAUUAACUUUUUAUUUAAACAAAUCCUUCAUUUAUACCUAGAUAUGCGGAAUGUCUUCCCCAAGAUGAUAUAUCCCCCCCCCCCCCAAUAAAAAAAAUAAAUAAACUGCGGCGGCUAAUAUAGAACACUUCAGCGGAGCCUGUCCUUUCUUAAGGAAGGGCGGGAGUGGGGUGGAUUUUAUCUGGUGGAAGAGGGGAGAGUAAAGGAAAACGGAUGUUCUUUUAUUUUGACCCCCCAGCAGGGGGCAGAAGGAGAAUCCUAAUCAGUAGCUUAUUACACACUGCGGCCAUGAAAACGGGAACCCAAGCCUUGCUUUGGAUAGACGUCAACACAAAGGAGCCAGUGCGGUAGAAUGGGUCCAGGAUGUUGGAGCCAAGUUUUCUUUUCUUUGGGUGUUGGGGGGGAGCUGAAUCGGUCAGUGCCAAGCGGUUUCACACUGUUUGCCUCCCAGAUGAUCAUUCUGGUGAUGCUAAACUCUGCACAGUGGCCAGUGCUAGUGAAGAAUUACCAAUAGAGAAAAAAACAAAAAACGCAUUUGUGACUUUUAAAAUUAAACUGCGCCAAGAAAUAAACUGGAAGAAAAAGUCCCUGACCUAAACAAAGUCUGCUAAAUAAUAAUGCAACCCUGUAAUCCCAGUGUCCAACGCCGGCUGCUUUCAAGCUAGCGGUUUAUCUGUCUGCGGUGCCAGGAACCUCCAUGGCCUGUCUGCCUUUUGCUGUACCUCCUGUGUAUAGUGAUCAAUUUCCUCAGUCCAUACUACUGCAUUGAAGGAAGGUAGUAAGGCAAGAAUGCCUCUGCAUACAAUACAAAGCCCAUUUUCCUACUUUCCUGGGUCAAGAAGUUUCCUGCACAUUCAACCUGGACACAAAGCCCCUUGAUCAGUUAACAUAAGCUGAUCAGAACAACUUGAUUAAAAAAAUGUUUUUAGUAUGCAAGGACCUGAGCUGUACUGAUGUUAUAAAACUAAAAACUAGUUUGUCAUGAAAAAGGGACUUUUUUUUUUUUUUUUUUUUUUUUUUUUUUUUAAAUCAAUUAUGUAAGCUUAAAACUGACAAGCAUGGUGCAGUAUAUUGUAAUCCUGAAGUAAAAAUGGUCCAAGCAGCUAAUCUGCAUGUCCGAUAAAACCUGUAGAUUUGGUUGUGGAGAACAAAUAUGUGGUUAUUCGCAUAAAUAACCAGGUGGGUGAGAGACGUGAAAUGGCAGGUUUAGUGUUUCUGUACAGAUGUAAAUUGGCUAAAAGACAUACAGCUUGGGGGUAACUUGUGCCUUCAGUAUGCUGUGUCAGGGUCUUGUUAGUGAAAAUGUGGGGAUCUAAGUCUUUGCAGAGAACUAGUGGGUAAUGUGUUGGUGCCAGGUGUCAUUCAGAAAUGGGCACUCUUCUAUUGAAGCAGUACAGAAGGGGCUUUGUUCUAAUUUCUUGUUCUGACUUCAUGAUCGUACUUGCAGUGGAAACGGCACAUUUCACUAAUGCUUGUGUCUGACUUGGUCUCGGGGAAAGUUCCAGGGUUCCCCCAGAGUAGAUCUGUACAGGUAGCAGCUAGUCAAACAGUGGAUUCAGGUGCAGCACCGUGUGUGCCCUGCUCGGAGGGUAAUAAAAUAAUCUAGGGGCAUUUCUUUUUUGACGUGUCACAUUAGCAAAGCUUUUCCGAAGUCAGAUUUUUCUAUUUAACUUCUUGUUUUCCAGACUUUUAUCUUCUGACUUUGGUGAAACCGUUCUUUACCUGCCAACACAGCGCUACAGGUUCACUUCCUGUGUGACAACUAAUCGGGCCCCAUCUGCUGCUGUUGAGAAUGCAUUGCUAAUGAGUUUAAGUAACUUCUCAGCUCAGUGAACGAACCCACUUCAAGGCAUGCUCGGUUUGGCUGCUCCACGGAGAAAUUCACGCUCUCAGCCGCUCGCUAACUUAACGCACCCAGUGUGUGUUUAUUUUUUUAUUAUAAACCUUGGCUUUUGUCCUUCUCUCUGAUAGCCGUGCACUAAAUCAGUUAGUCAGCCUAAAUACCUUUCCUUAGCUUAGCAAGCCCAAAACAGGAAGGGGCAUGCUUAAGACUUUUGCUACAUAAACUUAAUUAUUACUAUUCAUAUUUUAAUACUCUUGUGUGAUUCUAUUAAUUGCUAGUCUUUACUCUCUGUGUUCACUGUCAUACUUAUUUUUGCUAAGAAAGUAAAUGACUGAUAAAAACACUAACAUGCAUAGCUUUAUGUGCACCUAUGGAAGCAGCUCAUUAACUACCUGUAUUGGCGUUCAGCUGUGUAGCAGCAUCUUCUGCAGUUGCAAAUCACAUGUGCAAUAAAACAAAGUAAUG